UCCGUGUGGGGAGGAGCUGCCCAGUGACGCCCAUGGCUGUCAGCCAAGAGCAUUAUGGUGACUACCAUCGCCUGCCGGACUGCGCGGAGGAGUCUCCCCCCGAGGAGGAGGAGCAGCUGUUGGUGCACGUCACCGAGGGCCUGAAAGAUUCCUGGCAUCACAUCAAGAAUUUAGACAACUUCUUCACCAAAAUCUACCACUUCCACCAAAAGAACGGCUUUGCCUGCAUGAUGCUCUCCGACGUCUUUGAGCUGGUGCAGUUCCUGUUCGUCGUCACGUUCACCACCUUCCUAUUCUGCUGUGUGGAGUAUGACGUGCUGUUUGCCAACCGCCCCGUCAAUCACACGCAGCCGGGAGGUGGCCUCAUGCCAGACAGAGGGAAGGUGACGCUGCUGGAUGCCAUCCUGCCCACGGCACAGUGUGCGGAGAGGAUCCGGGCCAGCGGCUGGAUUAUCUUCCUGCUGGCGAUGGCCGCCACCUUCUGGCUCUACCGCUUGGGGAAGGUGCUCAGCAACCUCCUGGGCUACUGGGAGAUCCGUGCCUUUUACACCAAGGCCCUCAAGAUCCCCUCUGACGAGCUGUGCAACUGCAGCUGGCAGGAGGUGCAGGCACGCCUGAUCUCGCUGCAGCGGGAACAGCAGAUGUGCGUGCACAAGCGGGAGCUGACGGAGCUGGACAUCCACCACCGCAUCCUGCGCUUCAAGAACUACCUGGUGGCCAUGGUGAACAAGUCGCUGCUUCCAGUGCGCUUCCACCUGCCCCUGCUGGGCGAGGUGGUCUUCCUGACGCAGGGCCUCAAGUACAACCUGGAGCUGCUCUUCUUCUGGGGGCCCGGCUCCCUCUUCCAGAGCAAGUGGAACCUCCAGCCCCAGUGCAAGCGCUCGGGGUCCCGCCUGCAGCUGGCCCGCCGCUUGGGGCACACCAUGCUGCUGCUGGGCGUGGCCAACCUGCUGCUCUGCCCCUUCAUCCUGGUGUGGCAGGUGCUCUACGCCUUCUUCAGCUACACAGAGGUGCUGAAGCGGGAGCCGGGCAGCCUGGGGGCCCGCCGCUGGUCACUCUAUGGCCGCCUCUACCUGCGCCACUUCAACGAACUGGACCACGAGCUGCACGCCCGCCUGAGCCGCGGCUACAAGCCGGCCUCCAAGUACAUGAACUCCUUCACCAGCCCUCUGCUCACCGUGCUGGCCAAGAACCUCGGCUUCUUCGCCGGCUCCAUCCUGGCUGUGCUCAUCGCCCUCACCGUCUACGACGAGGACGUCCUCACGGUGCAGCACAUCCUGACCACCAUCACCCUGCUGGGCCUGGUCGUCACAGUGGCCAGGACCUUCAUUCCGGACGAGCACCUGGUGUGGUGUCCGGAGCAGCUUCUGCAGUGCGUCCUGGCUCACAUCCACUAUAUCCCCGACCACUGGCAAGGCAACGCCCACAAGUCGGAGACCCGGGAGGAGAUGGCCCAGCUCUUCCAGUACAAGGCUGUCUUCAUCCUGGAGGAGCUGCUGAGCCCCAUCGUGACGCCCUUCCUCCUCAUCUUCGCCCUGCGGGCCAAGGCCCUGGACAUCAUUGACUUCUUCCGCAACUUCUCCGUCGAGGUGGUGGGCGUGGGGGACAUCUGCUCUUUCGCCCAGCUGGACAUCCGCAACCACGGCAACCCCCAGUGGCUGUCGCAGGGCCGGACGGAGGCUUCUGUGUACCAGCAGGCAGAGAACGGCAAGACGGAGCUCUCCCUUGUGCACUUUGCCAUCACCAACCCACGCUGGCAGCCGCCACGGGAGAGCUCCCUCUUCAUCGGGCACCUCAAGGAGAAGGUGCAGCAGGAUGCGGCCCACGCACCUCCUGCCCAGCGCCUUUUGGCCGAGGCCCCGUUCAGCGCCUCUCUGCUCUCCGACGAGGGGCCCAGCACCAUGCCAGAUGCCCUCCUGGCCAGUGUCCUGGCCCACCCCAUCCUGGCAUCCCAGGCAGAGCGGCACCUCCCUGGCAGCACCGCCAGUGCGGCUGCCAGCAUCUUGGCCUCGCUGUCCUGCUCCCAGCUGCCCCGGCGCAGCCAGCUUCCACUGGGCGAGAACUCCAUGUAUCGCAGUGACAGCACCCUCCUUGGGGACAGUGUGGCCCGGCCGGAGCCUGUCCAGGUCCCCCUGAGCCGCUCCGUGGUGCUGUCUGAGUUUGCCUCAGCUGAGAUGAGUCUGCAUGCGAUUUACAUGCAUGAGCUUCACCAUCAGCAGCAGCAGCCACUGCCGCCUCUGGCUCCGAGCCCCCCUCCUUUCCGGACUUCAGCGCAAGCACAAGCAGGUGGUUUGUCCGAUGGGGGCUGGCUCAAACGCUACGCAAACCGCUUGGGAGAAUCCGUCCUCGACAGUGCCCCGGAGGCUUGCGAAAACACAAGAGACCAGGCCCAAAUCAUCUUGAAAUGGAUGGGAAGGCCGCAGCAGGGAGAGGCCCCGGCUCAGCGGAGAGAGGGGGCCUGUGGGGACACAGGGCCUGAGUGCUGUGGUGGAACUCACCUCGUGAGAGGGGGACGGUGCCAGAGCACCCUCAGGGCACCAGCUUCCAUGAGGUCUUCUUCGCGUGCCCACAGCCAGGAUCUGCCUCUCGGGGGCUGGGAGGAGGAGGAGGAGGAAGAAGACACGGAGGCGUCUCAGGCACAGCAGCAGGAGAGGGAGAAAUGCUAG